AUGCCUCCAAAAAAUUGGAUUUGGAAGAAACUGCCUGGUAUCACAGGUCGCUUUAAUGAUAUAAUUUAUUCAUCUCCAAUAUCAAUAUCACCACUGAAUCAAGACAUUUUCAUAUAUUUUGGAGGUGAUGUACAGGACCUCCAUAAAAACAUGGAACAACAUGCAGAUAGUAAAAAAUACACAGAAUGGAGUCUAGAAAAUACUGCUCAUAUACUUUCAACAAAUUUUCCAAAUAAACAUCUACUUAUCAUUCGACCAUCAAGAAUACAUGUGACAAAGAAUGCCAGCUUUAGUUGUUUUGAUAAUUUUGUACCAUCAAAUGACUAUGGCGUGCCAUCAUUUUGUCCAACUUAUAAUGGUUUAAAACAUUUACAAGCAUUAGUAAAAUCCUGUUUGGAAAACAUUAAAACAUGUAAUGAAGAUAAGGGUUCUAUUGAUUUUAGUAGCAGCAACAUAAAACUAUCAUUAAUGGGCUUCAGCAAAGGUUGUGUUGUAUUAAACCAAUUCCUUCAAGAAUUUUAUUACUACAACAAUAAACCAGAUUCUGAUAUUGAAGUCACUAACUUUAUAAAACUUAUUGAGAGCAUGUGGUGGUUGGAUGGUGGUCACGGAGGUUCAAAAGAUACAUGGAUCACAAACAAACAUGUAUUAGAAUCUUUUGCAAAAUUAAAAAUAGAAGUUCACAUACAAGUUACACCAUAUCAAGUUUAUGACUCCUACCGUCCAUGGAUUGGAGAAGAAGAAAAUCACUUUUGUAAUAUUUUACUAAGUUUGGGAGUUCCUGUACAACGAAUUUUACACUUUGCAGAUCAAAAAAGAAGCUUAGAGUUACAUUUUAAGGUUCUUAAUGCUAUUGGGUCUUAUAAUCAAUAA